UGAUGACUUCAUUCUAAUUUUUGUAACCCUCGUUCUUUCUGCCCUACGCCAAUUUUGUUUUUCGCCUUGUAUCUCUCCCAAUUCCUCAGUUUCCUUCUUUCUUCAUCUUUGUGUCAUGGCCAGAGGUUCUUCCCAGUCUCAGUCCUCCACUUCAACAGCCACGCGACCAGGACCAGCAGGCAUGGCUCCCCGCGGUUCCGCCGCCGCCACCGCCGGCAUGCGCCGCCGCCGUCUCGGCGGCGGAAACAGCUCCGCCAGCACCGGCGUUGGAGGCGGCAGCAGCAACAUGCUGAGGUUCUACACGGACGACGCCCCGGGGCUGAAGAUUUCGCCGACGGUGGUGCUCGUGAUGAGCCUCUGCUUCAUCGGCUUCGUCACCGCGCUCCACGUGUUCGGCAAACUCUACCGCUCCAAAUCUGGUGGCGCCGUUUGAUCUUUUGGAGAUGUAGUUCCGAUCCGUACCCGAUCGCUUUGUUUUCUGUUUUUAAUUCCGUAAUUUAGUUAACACUUGCUAUUUUGUAGUUGUGAAAUCAAAUCGUUGACUAUCUUCUUACUGUGGUUAAUGGAAAGUCGCUUUUGUUUUUGCUUUGGCCUUAAACGUGGAUCUGUUGUUUUGCUUAAUCAUGUAUCUUAAUGAGUUAGGUUUGCCAUUCUUCCUUUUUCUCAAAGGAAUUUGAUGGUUUCCUUUGGACAAGUUAUAUUUGAUCAAAGUUUAUCAAUGCUAAUCUUCUUUCGAUUUUUA